AUGCAUUCUGAACAUUCAAAGCACGAAAAGAAAGAGGAGGUUGAGGAAGACAAAGAAAACCUCGGUCCUGUGUCUGAAAACCGCAAGAAAAAAUUCGACCAUGCCAGUCCUAGUUCUGGCCCCCACAGGGAAGGUAAAGUGAAGAAAGAGGAACGGAAAGUGAAGAAAGAAGAAGCAGACUAUAUUUUUGAAGCAACCACUAAGAAGGGCUCAAGCAAUAUUAAUAAGAGACGUAAGAAAAGGAAGAGGAAGGAGUGUGAUUUUCCUGGUCAGACGCGAGACCCUCCUGAUGAAAGAUACCCACUGAGGAUUUUCUAUGAAACUUUGUAUAAGCAAGCACCCAAUAGCGAAAUGGCAGCUCUCUGGAUGAUGGAGUCUGGUUUACUCUCCAAGGAGGUGGCAAAGAAAGUUCUCAAGAGGAAAAAGAAAAGGAUUCAACAGCAUAAGCUAGAUUUGCCGAUGAAAGCUGUUGUGAUUGUAAAGAAAAAUGCUGAAACUAUUCUUGUCAAAAGGAAAACAUCUUCCUCUUCCUCACCUGUUUCAACGAAGAAGACGACACCACCACCAGAAUCUAAAUCUACAGUUAUGUCAAAGCAGUCCAAGAAGUAG